AUGGCUCUCCUCCACCUCCUCUGCUGCAGCCCCGCCGGCAAUCAGCGAGCGGUGUUCGUCUCGCCUCUGCUCAACUACAUCAACAACACCUACUCCUUCGUCUCAUCUGUGCCUGAAGGAGCAAAGAGCUGCAACUACUCGGAGGGGCAAUGGGUGUGGGCGCCGGGCCAUGCGCGCCGGUACAACGCCACCCAGUGCGACGUGAAGGAGAGCCACGAUUGCAUACGCAACGGGCGGCCAGACACGGGGUACCUCGUCGUGCGCGCUGCCGGCGUUCGACGCCGGGGCGUUCCUCUCGGCGACUCCAUGGCGCGGAACCAGGCGCAGUCCCUCGUCUGCCUCCUCAGCUCCGCGUUCCCGAGCCGGCUCCUUUACCGGGACGAGGGCCAGGGUAAGCAGAAACACAACUUCUGGCGGUACGCGUUCCCGGCGCACGACGUGAGGGUGUCCUUCUACUGGAACCCGUUCCUCGUCAGGGCCACGGGCAAGGCCGAGGACGAGAGCAUCCCCUACAACCACGUGCACCUCGACCAGCCCGGCGACGGGUGGGGCGCCGACGCCGACACGAUCGACGUCGCCGUGCUCGCCGCCGGCCACUGGCUGCUGAACGGCGCCAUAUACUACAACGGCAGCGAGGUGAUAGGCGCGCACAACGCCCCCGCGGAGAUGAAUUACACCGGCAUUGGCUACGCGUGGCCGCUCAGGUGGUGUACCGGACGGCCGUGGAGCGGCUGA